AAGAUUCAGAGUGGAAAGGCCACCUAGUGAGUAGUAACUAUCACUGUGUACCUAAUAAGGUUUUUCCAAUUUGACAGAUUAAGGAGUGAAUGGCUUUUACCUUUCCCUUCUAGAGACCUUUAUUUCUUAAAAAAACCACUGUAAUGGCGUCAAAAAAGAAACAAACGACCCCAACUGAUGACUUCUCAGCCAGAGGAGCACCAUCACCGCCGACACAGAAAGUUUUUAUUCAAAGGGACUAUAGUGAAGGAACUCAAGUUCGAUUUCAGCCCAAAUUUCCCUCAGAACUGGAAGGGAAGAUUGAAAGGGAAAAAUUUGAGUAUACUCUUAAUACUCUUAAUGAGGUAUAUGCAGAAGCAGAAAAAAUGAGUUGUAGCUCAUGCUGUGAGGGAUGUUUCGCAUGCUUGACUGCAUACUUGCUAUACUGUUGUAGUGAUACUCAUUUUGAGAAGUGUUUGAAGAAGGUGGCCAAAUUUAUCAUUGAACAAAAUGAAAGAGUUUAUGUACCUAGAGGACUACUGAUUAUUGACCCUGUUGAACGAGGACUCAGAGUUAUUGAAAUUUGCAUUUUCAGCGACAAUCCUGCUUCUACACCUGCCAGGAACAACUAAAUUUAUGAAGACAUCCUUGUAUCUAUAUAUUUGUAAUUAUGAACUUGAGUUUUCCUUUUUCAUAUUCCCAUCCUAAGUUUGUGUAAACAUGUGCUCAUCAUCAUUAACUACCUAGAUAUUGUAAAAUGAAUAAAUUGUGAAAUGUGAUUUGAA